GCAGAUACAACGGAAGCCAGAAGCACCUGCAGUCACUUAUGCAACCUAUCGAGGUUCUGCAAGGAUUAGGCAGCUGCUGAAGAGUCAAUCAGAAGCCGCUGAAAAAGGAGAAGAAAGUACUGAGAACAGAAAUUCUUUGAUAGUCAGAGAAAAUGGAGAAAUCCAAACAACUGUCCCGCUGAAAUCAGGACACUUAAUAAAAGAAAAUGGACAAAAUGAGAGUAAAGAUCACGAAGAUGGUGUCAUAGUAAAUUCUUCUGCAUUUAAAAUGGAAACAGAAAAGUCUGGCAAAGCUCAGCAUUGCUUGAGUAACAGGAAAUGUGAAAUAACUGCAAAGGCCACAACUUCAUCUACUGAAUUAUCUCAUGACAUAGACUUGAAACAUACACCUGCUUUAGCUGCAACAAAAGUUAAAAGGACAUGUUCACUAGACUCAUUAUUGUCAUCUCAUAGUGAGAUCCUAACUGGCUCUACUUCCCAGUUUACCAAUUCCCUUAAUUCCCUUAAAAUGAGUUCUGAAAAUGAUUUGGUUAGAAAAGAAGUUGGAGUGCUGGGACAAGCAGAAGCUCUGUUUCAGGCAGACAAAAAUACCACUUCUAACUUUGAUAAAGGUAAUCACAGUAGUUUAGCAGGUAGUAAGGAGUCCACAAAAGAAAUGCAAGAUGAUUGUUUAUAUUCAUCCAGAUCAAAAAAUCAGACGGUUAAUGAAGAGCUACAAGUGAGAAAGAGAGAAUGUUGCUGUAAUCAUCAAAUGGAUGGUCACUCAGAGCUAACAUCGAAUGUCCAUAUGCUUCAUUCCAGUACUGCUAGAUUUCAGCAGCAAGCAGAGCAGCAUACAGGUAGUGCAAAUAAAGACAGUGGUCCAAGAAUAAGUGAUACACAGAAUAUUGUGGCAGCUGUAGAGGAAGAGCAAAAUGCACAGAACAUUGUUGCUACUGCUCCCUUACCUUUUAACGAACAAAUACCCACCUUGCUUAGCGUGGAGUCUAGAGGAGGAAAAUGCACAGCUGCAGGUAAUCUAAUUGCUUCAGUGUCAUCUAUUAAAAAUGAUAUAGCCAUGGGCAGGGGGACUUGUAAUGAAGGACUGAGUGAGUUAGGGAAAGCAAUGCACAUACAAAAUGGUCACCAGUUAAUCCCUGUGGAGAAUUCUGAGGGUACUGCCAUGCCACAGACUGGUUUACCUUGUCUAGAAAGUGAGGAUGUGGAAACGACGAAGGUUUUAUCUGAGGUCGCAGGGGGAAACCUUGCCAAUAUAUCAUCAUGCAUACAUGAGUGUGAGUGUGUGAAAUCUAACGUCAAUGAGCUGACAGCACCUCUUUCUGUUACUUAUGAGUCGUCUUUUGAAACUGGAGGCUGUUGCACAGCUUCUCUUCAUCCUAAUUGCAAGAACAAAAAUAAAACUAUAGGGAAAAGACAAGUCAGUUUAAAAGAGGAGCGAGAGACUCUUUCUUGUCCUGAUCUUGAAUAUGAGAAGGGCAAAUCCUCUGAGCCUGUAGAGAGGAGCCUCUUGGAAAGCUCAGUUCCUGUCCACAGCUGUGGUUCUGUUUCCCUUGAAACUGUUCAAGACAUUCCUGCCAAGGCAUUAGUCACACUCACAGAAGAUAACACAGCAAAGCCUGCACCUUGCCCUUUAAUCAGCAUUGACAGGACAGAUGGUCAUACUCAUGUUGCUUCUAAAAUCGACAAGGCUGGUGUGACUGAGGUUGCUCUUGUUUCUUCUGAGUGUAGGGAUUGCAUCUCUGAACUUUCCUCUUAUAUUUCUAAGUCACAAGAAAACAUUCUGGAGGCUUCUCAUUCGGCCUUGAAAUAUGGAAAAAGACCUUUGACCAACCAUUCUGCUUUCGUCUGUGAAAAAGACAUUGGUGUAGACGUGACUUCUGAAUCUUCACUUGUUUCUGAAGAUAGACAUAUUAAUUUUUCUUCCAAGAAGGAAAACAGCAAUAAGCCUAGGUUAUCCCCCACAGUACUUCGCUCAGGAGACCCAAGAACUUCAUGCCCGGUUGGUUCUCUGAAACCUGAGCUUACUCCAGCCAUGCUUGAUGGCUGUGCUGCUGCUGUAGAUGUGGGAGGUGUUUGCAUACCCAGGCCCUCUUUGCCUACUUUGGGAUCCAACUUUUCUAUUUCUGCCUUCGAAACAGCAAACAUUACUCAGGGGAACAGUUACUCCUCCAGUCACAGAGCUGGUGAUGGAGCAGAGGAGGCCUCCUCCACACAACAGGCUGAUGGUGUCCUGGCAGAGGCAAUCCCGUCACCCAUCUGUCUUUGGAAAUCAUUGGAAACAACAUCUGUGUCAGCCUGUACUGACAGUGUGUUUAGAAAUGCUGUGGGACAGGUGAAUCGUGGUAACCAUGCUUCUGCUAUUUCAAAGGCACCUUCUGCAACAGAUGACCAAACAGCUGCUGCACCUGCAGAGUCCAGUGAGCUCUGUUCUGAGGAAGAUACUGAUGUGAAGGAACAGGAACGUGCUAAAUUCCAAGAUACUGCUGUUUUGUUUAGAAAAGCUGAGGAAACAGUUCAGUCAGUUUUACACUUGGCUAUAGAAGAAAUAAUAGCAAAGCAAGCCAUUGGCAUUUGCCAACUUUGUGGGAGCAAGGAUGGUUUAAUUAAUACAGAUAUUCUGAAUGAUCAGAAAGCUGGAACUGUACAGCUGGAAGCAGAAGAAAUCCAGUCAGCUGUGCAGUCCUUGAAGCAUUUUAAUGAGAGCAGCAGUAGAAGUUCAUCUUCAUUUACAGGAAAUGAAAGAGUGGAUACAAAUAAUCAAGAUGAAAAGCUACUAUCUUACAUCCCUGAUAAAAUUGACCUACAUAGUGCACUAGCACUGAGAGCAAAAGAAAUAAUUGAUGAAGUCAUUACCUCAGCCAAACAAAAACUGGCAUCCAAUCAGUGGCAAGGCAGUGACAGUAAAAGGCCUUCUGAAAAGGUUGAGCCUAAACCUAAAGCUGAAACGCCAGAUGUUUUAAACCUGGAUUUGAAGUUACCUGCCAAACCACAGAAACCAGCAGAGAAGGAGGAAACCUGGAGUGUGACUGUAAGCUGUGAAAAGGCAGAUUGCUCAUGUCCUCCUUUGCUUCCAGAUAGUAUGGAAAAUGGCAUAGAUUUGCCCCAAAGAGGUGAAAAGAUACCAAAUAAUGCAUUUACAUGUCAAACAAAUGGAUUUCAACCCACUGGUAGUUCAGCAAGGCCAGAAGGAGAUCUUCUGACACCAGCGAAAGAGACACGUGAUAGAAAGGUCUGUGGACUUCUGGCUGCAGCAGAGAUGUCUGGCAAAGCUGGAGUAUCAGCAAGCAGUAGAAAAUCUGAUGGAUCUUUACAUUUAAUACAUAGAGAUGCUACUGUGACUAAAGAGAUGCUUUUGUCAUUGCAGUUAAAAGAUUCAUGCAAUAAUACAAAUAUGCCAGAGUGUACAUGGCUGCCAACAGUAAAUGCUAAUUCAUCAUCUUCUAUGCCCGAUGAAGAAUGUAUCGGCAUGCAGAGUGAAUCCAAAGAAAAAUGCAGUCCUCUGGGUUCUCAGGAAGACAAUGCAGAUAACUAUCUGUAUGAACAUUGCAGAAGAGAGGAUGCAGAAGAAGUUCUUGCACAAGUAAAAGCAACCUUAGAAGGCUCACAGGUAGUGGAGAGUAAAGAACUACCAGAAAAGGCAUGUGAGAUUGCAGAGGUUAAUACUGGUUUAACUACACAGUUCAUUGUACCUGAAUUGUCUGUUACUGGAGAGGACAGUGAAGGGGUAAACUGCUUCAACACAGUCUUUGCCCAAAAUAAUGAGAAUCUGAAGCAGGUACAAAUGAAGGAUCAAGACUUGGAGAGAACUGAUCAGCUUGAGCAAAAUGGUCUGGACUGCAGCGAUGAUGUGAAGGAAUCACUGGAUCUUUCGGCCUUUUCUCCACUAAUUGAACAGUGGGAAAACAGUUCUUUUACUAUCAUCUAUGAAGGAGCCCUUCAAACUGAGAACAAAUCUGUCUCAACUGAUGAUAGGCAAACUGGUUUGCUUUCUUCUUCUGAUCUGCCUUCGGAUAAUAUAGAUCAUCUAAUGUGUGAAAGAGCGAAGAGUAAACAUGAGCCAGUCUGUCUUUAUGGGAAGGAUAACAAGUUGAAUGAAGCAACAGAGAGCCAUAGCUCAGAGUCAUUUCUGAGUGUGGAGGCCAAGCGCUAUCGAGUAUAUCCUUUCUCCUUGUCUCCAAUAUAUGAAGACGACAGCUCCCAAGAAGACUUACUUUCCACAGAUGUGUCGCCAGAAGGCCAUCCGAGUGGAGUAUCUAAAGAUAACUCUGACCACACUUCUGUGCUUUCCCUUCUCCAGUCAGUUUCUGAGCGCUUACAGUUUUCUACUCAGUUCAGUAAAGAGGAGGAAGAAGAGGAGGGAGUGGAGGACGAGGAGGAGGAAGUAUCAUCAUAUGAAGAAAAUAAGUUUGAUGUUGAGAGAGAAGACAGCUGUCUUUCCAGUCAGUGGAGAGAGGAUUUAAAAACAACCCUUCAAUCAAAUGACCAAAAUAGAUCUUUGUUUUCUGAACAAUCACAUUUUCUUUCCAAAGAACAGCUUGACUCUAAGGAGCAACCAGAACUGUUUUCAGAUGUGGUUUCUCCCAGUCAGACACCUUGCAAGCCAGUUUCACAGAAAGCUGAUGCUGCUUCCAAGUGUCCUCCUACAAGCGUGUACUACCAGUAUUUGAAGUCUGCUGGCAAUUGCUCCUCCAACAAGGAGUCCAGGUUUGGAAGCAUUCUCCAGGAUAUGUUGCAGCACAAGAUUCAUUGGUCUCAGGACAACACCAUGCCAACACUGGGAGAAUUGUCAACGAACCUCAUUGACAGAUCAAGUCUCAAAUACAAUCCAAGACCAGGAAAGAUUAUUAUUUAUGAUAUUUAUGGUGACAAAAGUAAACAAGAAGUUCAUUCUGAUGUGCUAGAUACCACGUCCUGGAUAUUUCCCAUUGGAGCAUUACUUAGGAUAAUUAGAGGAUGUUGGAUUUUUUAUGAGCGACCAAAGUUCCAGGGUCGGAAAUACGUACUAGAAGAAGGAGAGGCUGUGCUGGAUCACCUUUGGGAUCUCCCGGGCAUGAAACACCAGCGAAGAAACAUCACAGUUGGUUCAAUCAAACAUGUAACAAAGGACUGUGGUGUUCCAGAGGUAGAGUUCUGUCUGGGAGCCAGCACAGAGGGACUUCCCAUCUGCAUACAGAGUGCAGUUGCCAAUUUAGAAGAACUGGACGUUGAGAAAAACCCUUAUAUAAGUGUCAAAUCGGGAGUAUGGCUUGCUUAUUCAGACGUGAAUUACAAGGGAGAGAUGAAGAUUUUGGAAGAAUGCAAUUCACCAUCUGAAAUUCCUUCAGCAGAUGUGAAAUCUCUGCGUCCCUUAAAAAUGGGUGGACUAAAGGUACAAAUGCCAAUGGAUGUCAAGAUAAUAAUAUAUGAGAAAACCAACUUUGGAGGAUGGUCCAAAAUGUUUUCAGAAAACAUCAGUUCUGUCUCAGCUUUGUUUGGUAGUGAAGAGGAGUUUCUGGAAAUUGGAUCAAUACGUGUAAUUGGUGGAGUAUGGGUUGCCUAUGAUAAGGAACGCUACAAAGGCCGUCAGUACUUGCUGGAGGAGGGAGAUUAUGAAGACAGACACUCAUGGGGGGGAACUGACAGUGUCCUCCUGUCUUUCCGGUUCCUCCAGGCUGAUUUCAUAGAGUCAUCAGUGACACUUUUUCAGUCUGAUGAUGAAGAUGGGAAAGCAUUAGACAUCGUCAAUGAAGAAAUCCCUGACUUGGAGCUGGCUGGAUUUGGCCCAGAGACGAAAUCAAUUCUUGUGAGAAGUGGAGUGUGGGUUGCAUAUAAGCAGAAGUAUUUCUGUGGAGACCAGUAUGUAUUGGAGAAAGGAAAAUACAAAUGUUUCUUUGACUGGGGAGGAUCUAGUAAAAUCAUCAAGUCAAUUCGACCUAUUAAGUUGGAACCGCUUGGAAACAAUGAACCUCCACAUCUGCUCAAAGCUUUCAGUAAUACACAUUUCCAAGGAGCAUGCAUAGAUUUCACAGCAGAAGUUUCUGAUUUUACAUCAUUCAUACCAUGUUCUUUUAAGGUUCUUCGGGGAUGUUGGCUCCUGUAUUACCAAGGGGAAAUCACUGACAAUCACUGUGUGCUGGAAGAAGGCCUCUACAUUGACCUCAGUUCCUGUGGCUGCCCGACUGCUACAAUCAAAUCCCUCAAGCCUAUUCAAUAUGUUUUUGCUGAGCCCUCCAUCAGUCUGUUUGCUCUGGAAUGCUGCAAGGGCAGAGAGCUGCACUUCAGCGAACCCAUCAAUUCUGUUUUGAAUGAGGACCUUCAUUUUUACACACAGUCUGUAUGGGUGAGAAGUGGAUUGUGGAUUGCAUAUGAGGGAUGUAAUUUUUUAGGAAAGCAGAUUCUGCUGGAGCCCAGUGAGAUUUCAAACUGGAAUGAACACAGCGGCUGGAAAGUAAUUGGCUCCCUUCGUCCUGUGAAGCAGCCAGCAGUGUACCUCAGGGUGAAGAACCGAGCCCAAGGUAAAUAUCUGACAGUCGCUGGAAGCCUUGCAGAUAUACGAGCAACAUCGGUGUGCGCGUCCCCGUACAACGGCAAGAAUACCCAGAUCUGGCACUACUGUCGUGGACUCUUCAAAUCCAAGGCGAACAACGCCUGCCUAGAUGUCAUCGGUGGCAGAGAUGUGCCAGGGGCCAAAGUCGCGCUCUGGACAGAACACGGGAAGGACAGGCAGAAGUGGAGACUCAAUGAGGAUGGAACCAUCAGUUCGUACCUCAGUGAUGAACUGGUGCUUGAUAUUAAAGGAGGAAAUUAUUACGACAAGAAUCACAUCAUUAUGAAUCAGCUGACAGAAGACAAACAUUCACAAAAAUGGGACAUUGAAAUAUUGUAAAACCCACCACACAGAUGGACCUUGUGUGGGUUAUUAACACCU